AUGGCCGAACUACAGCUCACCCAGUCCUUGUCGAUUAGGCCUAGCCAUUGGUCAGGCCCAGGGAACACCGAUUAUUCAGAGCCCAUGCCAGAUGAAGCUGAGAAGAUGGAUGAGAAGUUUGAUGAGAAGCCUAAUUUGAACUUGGUGUAUUUUGCGCCUGGAGAUCCAGAAAACCCGUAUAACUGGUCCAUGGGACGAAAAACAUUUAUAUCCUUCAUUGGAAUUCUCACUGUAUCAAAUUCAACAUUCACCUCAUCACUGCCAUCCGGUGCAAUUACUUUUAUUCGAGAGGAUUUUGGUAUCUCGAGUUCCGUUGUAUCGUCUCUGACUAUCUCGCUCUACCUGAUCGGUUAUGUCGUCGGCCCAAUAUUCUUUGCACCAGUCAGUGAGUUCUAUGGACGAAAAUGGGUCUCUGUCGUCGCAUUCUCGUGGUUCACUCUCAUGUCCAUAGGAUGCGCUCUGGCUCCGAACCUAGGUGCUUUGCUCGCGUUCAGAUUUCUUUCAGGGAUUGGUGCUAGUGCACCAUUGAGCGUUGUUGGAGGUCAAUUAGCAGAUAUCUGGAACGACCCAGUACAGAGGGGAAGAGCCAUGGCAUUAUUCUGCGCCUUCACGAUGGUCGGACCAACCUUUGCACCUUUUAUUACUGGUUAUAUCUCCGCCUCACCUGCGGGUUGGCGCAUGGCUUUUUGGCUCGGUGUAAUGGUUGCCGGAGCCUCCUUCAUCCCACUACUAUUCCUUUGCCCAGAGACAUAUGGCCCAAUCCUCCUUGUACGAAAAGCGCAGAAGAUGAGGAAAUCGGGCAAUAAGGAUGCUAUUGCACCCCUCGAACUUGAUGAACGUUCCCUCCUGAGCAUUUUCGCAACAACCUUAACCCGUCCGUUCCGAAUGUUCUGGCAGGAAAGUAUUGUCUUCCUAACCAGCAUGUUUCUGGCCCUCCUUUACGGAACCUUCUAUCUUUUUUUUACGAGUUACCCCCUCAUCUUUCAAGGGAUUUACGGCUUUGCCCCCGGUGAUGCCGGUCUUGCCUUUCUCCCUCUCGUUGUCGGUGCCGGCUUCGCCUGCGCUGUCGCCAUGGGCUGGGAUCAAUACAUCAACCGCCUUGCCCGUGCUGACCCUACCCGCGUCAUCAGCCCCGAGUACCGCCGCCUCCCUAUUGCCUGUUUUGGGGGCAUCAUUUACUGCUCAUCCCUUUUCUGGCAGGCCUGGACAGCACGUUCUGACAUUCACUGGAUUGUACCCAUGCUUGCUGGUAUUCCGUUUGGUUUCGGAUUUUGUAUUAUCUUUACGGCGUUCUUGAACUAUCUCACGGAUGCAUAUGAGAUUUAUGCGGCGUCAGCGAUGGCGGCAACAAGCAUGUGCAGAAGUAUGGUAGGGGCAGCUUUUCCGCUGUUCGCGGGUAAUAUGUAUAGUAAAUUAACAAUUCCUUGGGCAUCAAGUCUUCUUGGAUUUGCUGCUGUGUUGAUGUCGAUUAUUCCAUAUUUGUUCAUUCUGCAUGGACAAAAAAUCAGAGAUAACUCCAAGUUCUGUCAAUUCCUUCUUGAAAGGAAACGACAGCAGCAGCAGGAGGAAGACGCGCGUGCUGAGUGUGCAAAGUCUGACCAAGACGUUUGA